AUGUUGCUCUACGAAGCACCCAAGGCCUGUACGAGUUUUUUCCAGGAGGUGCAAGACGCAGGCGAGCAAUUGCCACAGAUACGGAGCGAGAUUUCCUACCUUCAACAUAAUUUGUCUAGCCUAAGGUUCUUGUCCGAAGCCGACGAAGACACAAUAAAUGAAGCUAAGGCGACAGGCAUCAUCCAGAGCAUGAAUGAAUGUGGGGUCGUUUGUGACAAGUUUACCAGGCAGUUGACUAGAUGGACUAGUAGCGGCGUGGACAGAAUUCGCGGGAAGCUGAAGUUCAAGCUGCACGGUGCGCAGAUCGCGAAGGCUAGGACUAGGCUCUGGGCCACGGCGAGGAUGUUAGAGAUGACAAUAGGAAUCUUGACACUGAAACUAGUCGCCAAGUCCCAGAGUGAGCGUGCUACGGAAAAAUCCCUCUUGCAGCAAGCGAUUCAUGGCUGGAAACGUCAGGCUGAGAAAGACCAAGAGAAUGUCUCAGCGAGUCUGAGGGCUCUAGGAGACUCCGAUGACAGCGGAGUAAUCGAUGAGCUUGAAGAUGAAGAAAUCGUGCUCAAGCAGUUUGUGGAAACAAGUUCUCAAACACUGGAGCAAAUUCGAGCGAUCAAGCUAAACCAGACGAUCACUUACAUCAAGGGUGACGAUUCUCGAUUCGAGCUUGGGAUGCCGGUUACCGUUGUCGACAAAGUCGCUCAGCAAACCAUCACCCAUGUGGAAGGCAAUAAAUCAGUGUUCAGAUUGGGCAUUUUCAAAGAAGCUUGA